UUCUUUUCAUAGAACUGUCACAUUUUUAGGUUAGGUUAUUCUUUAAGAACUAACAUUUAGGUUAUAGAUUCUGUUUUAUACAAAUUUACAUUUCAUAGUAAUUUUUGUAGCAAUGGUUGUAGCAAUAGGUUUAGAAGGAAGCGCUAAUAAAUUAGGCAUUGGAAUUAUCAAAGAUGGAAUUGUGCUAUCAAAUUGCAGACGUACUUAUAUUACACCACCAGGAGAAGGCUUUUUACCAAGGGAAACAGCCCAACACCAUAGAGCCAACAUAAUCAGUUUAAUACAAGAAUCUUUGCUCAAAGCCGCAAUUAAACCACAUGAAAUUGAUGUCAUUUGCUACACAAAAGGUCCAGGAAUGGCCCCACCCUUAGUGUCUGUUGCAAUAGUUGCUAGAACACUUGCUCAAAUUUGGAACAAGCCAAUUUUGGGUGUUAAUCAUUGCAUAGGACACAUAGAAAUGGGAAGAUUGAUAACAAGUGCAAAAAACCCAACUGUUCUUUAUGUUAGUGGAGGUAAUACGCAGGUUAUUGCAUAUUCCUCAAAGCGGUACAGGAUAUUUGGUGAAACAAUUGAUAUAGCUGUUGGUAAUUGUCUUGAUAGGUUUGCUCGAGUAUUAAAAUUAUCUAAUGACCCAAGCCCUGGAUAUAAUAUAGAACAAUUGGCCAAGAAGGGAAAGAAAUUAUUACCAUUGCCAUAUGUGGUCAAAGGCAUGGAUGUUAGUUUUUCGGGCAUUCUUUCUUAUAUUGAGGAACAAAGCCAUCAUUUAUUAAAAGAAACAAGUAAUGAUAAUGCAUGGACAAAAGAAGAUUUAUGUUUUUCACUUCAAGAAACAAUUUUUGCAAUGCUUGUUGAAACUACAGAACGAGCAAUGGCUCAUUGUGGUUCCAAUGAGGUUCUAAUAGUUGGAGGUGUUGGAUGUAAUGAAAGACUUCAAGAGAUGAUGAAUGAAAUGUGUAAGGAAAGAGGUUCAAAGUUGUUUGCUACUGAUGAAAGAUUUUGCAUUGAUAAUGGUGUUAUGAUUGCUCAUGCUGGUUCAGAAAUGUUCCGUAGUGGCAUAAGAAUGCCUUGGAUAGAAUCUACAUGCACCCAAAGAUUUCGAACAGAUGAGGUUGAAGUUACUUGGCGUGAUGAUUGAUCACUAUUCUUAUUGUAAUUUUAAUUUGAUAUU